AUGUUGAAAUGGGUCGUAACUCGUGGACCUCAGACAAUGUGUUCUGAGUGGCAAUCGCCUGUGAAACAUCCGUGGAUUUGGAAUGAAGAAAAUCCUCACUCGAAGCAGCAGCUGGACCUGAAAAAUAACAAUACUAUCCACCACAACAUGCCAGUUGGGGGAUCAAGCACACCAGUUGAAAGAAUCGGGUUUAUGAGUGAUUGCACCGAUCUGUCGAAUCUGAAAUGGUCAUCUCCUACGCCCAACGUGGAAGCCAGUGACGCAGGAUCAGCUUUUUGCUACUUACUAGUAAACAGACACUCGUCACCCCUGAAGCGGCUGAGCCACGCGACCGGUAACAAUCGGCAUUGUACUACCGCUCAGCACAACCUCAACGGUCAGAGACGAGUGCCUCAGAAAUCUCGGCGACGUUUUUCUAGCCUUCACAUACGAGAACCAACGAAAUUGGCCUCACCCAGCUACCGGUCAGCUGACGAUCCUGCCAACGAUCUGUCCAGUGAACAGCUUAUGCCAGCAUCGCCGAAUAUGUUUGCAACCGAAAGCGAACCAUACAACGAACGGGAAAUCAAAACACCUGAAACAGAGAAAAUGCCUUUGACCAGCCAUGGUUGCCGACAGUUGGUUAGCAGGAGAGCCGUACGGCGCAGGAAAAUUAUUCGCUCAUCCACGAAAGACGUGUAA